CCUGCCUAAACGGAACGCGGGGGCCGUUGAGCCGUACUGGUCCGACCCAGGAAGCUUCCCCGCGUCGAUCACAUCAUUCCCAUAUCAACCCAACCCAACCCAACCCCCAUAAUCUCCGGACGAAUUCUUGAUUGCCCUUUGCCCUACCUCUCCCAGAUGAGAUAACCGAUCUCGGUAAUGGUAUCCUCCCCUCCCAUUCGAUCAUCAUCAGGUUGGCAUUCGUCCAGCUGCAGCUGCAGCUGCAAUACGAUCCAGGAGGAGGAGGAGAGGGAGCUGCGAUGGUGAAGGACACCGCGUACUACGACACCUUGGGGGUCAGCACCGCCGCCUCCGCCGCCGAGAUCAAGAAGGCGUAUUACCUCAAGGCCAAGGUGGUUCACCCGGAUAAGAAUCCCGGGAACCCUGAUGCCGCGCGCAAGUUUCAGGAAUUAGGUGAGGCCUAUCAAGUCCUAAGUGAUCCCGCAAAAAGGGAAUCUUAUGAUAAGCAUGGAAAAGAAGAUCUAUCCCAGGAUAACAUGAUUGAUCCAACUGCUGUCUUUGGGAUGCUUUUUGGGAGCGACUAUUUUGAAGAUUAUAUUGGUCAGCUUGCACUGGCAUCCGUGGCUUCUGUGGAGAGUGAGGAAGAUUCGGAUACUCCAGAGGCAAGGGCAAGGGUUCAAGAGAAAAUAAAGGCCUUACAAACGGAAAGAGAGCAGAAACUUAUUCUGAGCCUUAAGAAUCGAAUUCAACCAUACGUUAAUGGAAAGCAGAAGGAAUUUGGUGAUUGGGCAAGUGCAGAAGCUGAACGCUUGUCUCAAGCCGCUUUUGGUGAGGCUAUGCUCCACACCAUUGGCUACAUAUAUGUUCGACAAGCAGCAAGAGAACUUGGAAAAAGCAAAAUGUAUAUGGGCGUGCCAUUCAUUGCUGAGUGGGUAAGAGACAAGGGCCACCAUGUAAAGUCACAGGUUAAUGCAGCUUCAGGUACAUCUCAGUAUGUUAUUUUACCUUGGUCAAUUUACUUUCUUUGUGUUAACAAUGAGCCUGAUCCUAUGACAAGCUCUAUUAUAGGUGCAAUUGCUCUGAUGCAAUUACAAGAGGGGAUGAAAAAGAUUGAGGAUGGUGACAACAAGGAAGAGCAGAUACUGAAGAGUAUUGAAGAGAAAAAGGGUGCCAUGCUUAAUUCUUUGUGGAAAAUUAAUGUGGUUGACAUUGAGUCAACGCUAUGGCGUGUCUGUCGAGCAUUUUUGAGGGAGAAUGCUGUCUCCAAAGAUGUUCUCACGUUGCGAGCAAAAGGACUGAAAAAGCUGGGGACAAUAUUCCAAGGCGCGAAAUCACCCUACCAUCGCGAGAACAGCCUGCGUGUCGAAUGUCGCACGGCGGAAGAGACGCCGUCGAACUGAUCGGGAUGGAUCCUGUGCCACCAGCAACAGCCCACGGCCGAGGCUUUUCCCCGGAGCACCGUCGAGAGUCCAUGGCGGUUCUUUCUUGUGAUCUGUAUAAACGCGAGGCAUCAGGUCGAUUCAGGACAUCUCGUUGUGGUAGUACUAAUAAUACUUCAGGCACUGUCUAUUGAUCUGAUCAGAAAAAUAUCAGCUAUGGCUGCGAUCUGAACUCGAACCGAUGGCAUGUAUACUCCAGCAUAAUGCGUACAACCAA